UUGCAAAAUUCCUGAUCGCAAACGAGUGAAGAAGGCAGAGACGCCAAAGGAGGGAGAGAAGCGGAGGAAGAAAAGGGCAGACGCGGAAGAUGCCGUUGGGCAAGUACUACUGCGACUAUUGCGACAAGGAGUUCCAGGACACCGCCGCCGCUCGCAGGCGCCACCUGCAGGGCGCGCAGCACCACCGCGCCCGCGCCCUCUGGUACGAUUCCGUCCGCCGCCAAGAGUCCAUCGGCGGCGCUUCUCCCUUCCUCCAGCACGACGCUGCGAUCCUCGGCAAAGGUGUCUGCAACCACUUCGUCCGCACGGGCACAUGCAAGUUUGGGGAUUCAUGCAGGUACUUCCAUCCGAAGCCACAUGCUGUUAACCCAGCAUCAGCUCCGUCUGGGCCUGUCACUGGAGUGAUGGUGCAACAGUCUAAUUUUCUUGGGACUCAACCCAGUAUUGUUGGAUACCAGGCAGCGGAAAUAAGUUCUUUCUCAGGGAACAUACUAGGCGGGCACACUUCUUGGGGCAACUUACCUCCAUCUCUGCAACCUCCCCCUGAUGGCGGUCAUCCUUCGCUUCCUUUUAUCGACUGGGGCUGAAGUGUCCUCUCUCUGAAAUGCGAUCCGUUUAUGAUGUAGAAUCAUUGAUCAUAAAAUGAAUGGAGGAAAUUUCACCCGCAAUGAGUGGUUGCUUGCUAUAUGCAAACGGUUUUACUGGGAGUGAGAUAGGUCUGAUAUGUUGAACAUUUGUAUUAGCUAUCCAAGAAAUCAACGGAACUUUUCUCACACAGAAUACUUUAUUUUAGGAAAUCAUAGACACAUAAUACAUUUGGAAUGCAGGGCAAGCCAUCUUCAUUGGAGACUGCAGGCACUCUAGUUAUUAAUCUGAAAAAUGCUUGUCUGACCGAAUAUGCUCAGAUCAUCUGCAUCCAAGCUGAUUGGCGGUCAGUCCGGGACCAUCGCAAGCAGGUGACCAGCCACCGUUCUUCUUCCAUGUUGUCGUCAUGGUUCCUGCAUCCCUGGUAUGCCACCAGAUGCUUUGGGGAAAACAUCUCUGGCUGCUUUCCCUCCUCUGGUGCCUCUUCGACACCGAGAAGCCCCUUGUCGGAGACACCAACAAUUGCUCGCAGCAGAAGGAGCAGGGAAGCCAUAGAUUUUGAUCAAUGCAGACUGCUGCUGCUGCCUGGCUGGUGAACUUGGAAUGAUGGCAGCAACAAUGCUCAAGCAGCAGCUACAUAUAGUGAGCUGUGCGUUUUUUUCUUACUGGUUUCAGGUGAAUUUGCAUUUCGUGCAAGACAUCUGUUUUGGGUGGGAGGACUUUGUUUUCCUUCCUGUCCGAUCACAGAAAGGUUAUGGUCUGGGUUAUGGUUGUUGUGCUGUGUUUUGUUAGACUGUAGGUGAGCCAUUUAGGGUGUGGUUGGUACUGAUAUCGUGGAAAACACACUGCUAACUCUUUUCACCGUGUCAAGUGUUUGUUCAUCCAACAUUCUAGUUGGGAUUUUAGGUGGAGAACUUUUAUCUCUUGUACAAGAACUUUGUUUCUUUUCCUUUCUUGCAUAUGGUUUUGGCGUGUAAACGUCUUGUUAUUA